AUGCGAGGUCAGACAUCACGAUUAGAUGGGAGCACCACAGCACUGGUCCCCAAAUUUGUCAUACUUGAUCCUCCUCUGAUUGCACGUUGGAUUCGUAUCUACCCGUAUCGGGAUAGUCCGGACUUUGUUUGCGUUCGACUUGGAGCCUAUGGAUGCCGGUUCACCGAUGACCUUGUGGAAUAUCAGAUCCCAGAAGGUAGUCUGGCGGUGUUUCCAUUCCACGCCCCCACACCAUCACAUGCAUUGCCCGUCAAAGGCACGCCGAGGCCCACCGACCGGGCUAAGAUGGCAAUUGGCAGCAGUAGCAACAACCGCAUCACUUCACCAAACAAUCACUCCGUUUUUCACGAGGCAGGCGGUGGCACUGCCUUCUCAGACGCCUGUUACGAUGGCUAUCGAGUUGAGCCCGCUGACACAUCUACACAAAAUCAUUGGUUUGUCGGAUGGUAUCGUAAUCGAUGGCGUGUAACCAAGACCACCACAAACUCGGAUGAUGUGGUUGAUAUGCUCUUUCGUUUUGCUUCAGUACGCGAUUUCAAACGAUUACGACUGUACACAUCUAACAACUAUCCAGAAAAGAUUCGCUUACCGCGUCGAAUUGAAGUGCGCUUCAGUGUUCAUGGUUCCAUGUUCUCUGGGCAGCCGGUUGUUGUCCAAGAUUUUCCGAUGAACAACCACAGCACCGAUUUGCAGACGAUUGAAAUGGAUUUAGAAGGGCGUAUCGGUCAAUUUUUACAACUAAAAGCAUUUUUUGCUGAUGAUUGGCUUCUGUUCAGUGAAAUCAAGUUCUUUAGCGUUCCCAGAGAAGUAGAAUCGACAGCUCUCCCCGUGGACUCUCUGGACUUAGCUUCGGUCCACCGUCUACCGACUGUCAUUAUUCUCGCACUACUGAUCGCUGCAUUCUUGGUGGUGAUUGGAUGUGCAUUUAUUUGGAUCUAUUGGAAACGGAAGCACUUACGUGAGGUCAAGCAUCGCCGCGCAUUGACCAUACCUCCCGAUGUACACAUGGAUCAUGCCGAUGGGAUGGUCAACGGUCGAAUCGGGAAUAUAUACCCAGUGAAUGCUCAACUUUUGAAUUCCAAUGGUACUCUGUCAAAAAAAUGCCUACAGAAGGGGUCAAACGAGUUGCGUCACCUAAUGGAACUUAAUCAAACCCCUUCCGCGCGAACCAUUUCUAAUCACAACAGCCGCCUGUCCGGUACAGCCAGCGGACCGAGUGAUGAAAUGUCCGAGAUGGAUGUUUUUAACACUACGGUGGCUGGUCUACCACAGACUGCACUAAACGCCCGACUGAGUCCAACACAUCUGAGUCUUUUAGCUUCAUUGAAACGAUCCUUGUUUGGUAUUGGGAAGUCUAAUUCUAAAUGUGUUCAGCCUCCAGGACAGUGUGGUACGACUGCUGGUUUCAGUUCAAUGCAACAGUCUUUGCCCACUGGAUCGAACAGCAUCCUAGCUUCAGGGCUAUACGAUCCGAGUGCGGUACAGCCUUACCCAAACAACGGGAAUGGCAACAACCCCCAGCACCAUAACAAUAACAGCAGCAACAAUCAUAUGGGUGUCUUUCAUGCAACCUUGUCCAAUCCCACUGGCGCAGUGUCGUUCACAGACCAGAUGCUGCAAGCUGGUGGUCCGGUUACCUCAGUCCUUUCUCUUGAACUAUCCAACCCAGGAGCAUCGGGUAUGCUCCUGAGCAGCCCAGUCUCAAAUCCCACAUUGAUGAAUGUAUCUACAACCGCUCCGACCGGUCCAGAUUUACAUUCACAUGCAUGGCGAAUGCAAACCACAGGAUCAAUGAAUCCCAUGACUGUUAAUUCGGUCGGUGCUUCUUCCCUUCUGCUCGGAUCCAUUCAACCGGAAUUGGGUUUGUAUACGACCGUCAGUGGAGAAUCGGAUGGAGAUAGCAACUGUGCCAGUACCAUGAGUCCGGAAUACGCCACAGCUGGGAAUAUCAAUGAUCAACUUAGUUACAGUAACGCUCUGUCGCAGUUGCAACAACAUCAACAACACCAACAAGCUGCUGCGGCCGCUGCUGCUGCCCUUCUGACCCUUAAUCCGGCUUGCUCAGUCACCAACCUACGUGGCCACAUGACAUAUGUGCCUCCAAGACAAGCUGGUCUGAUCAGUCCAUCUUUGACGUUCAGUGCGUUACCCACCCCGUCUACAACCAUGACCAAUCGUACCUUGGCUGAACCGAAUUCGUUAAUCUUCUCCAACCCAAGUGGUACAGUUGGUCCACAUUUGAUCUCAGCCAACCCCAUGGACCUAGCACUGGUAAAUUCGGCCCAGUUUUAUCAACCCUAUAGCACCAAUAGCCCCGUCGCAUUGAACUCGUGUGUCACAGCGAAUUAUCUGUCCGAUGGCAAGCGACAUUUUGCUCCCGUUGGAUCUACGGCCAUGUCCAUUACCAAUCCUGUCCUAUUCAGUCGUAUGUACGGAGCAUCAAUGCAGCAGCAGCAGCAAUCCCAAUCCACGCAACAGCAACAACACCAGACACAGGCAACAUGCUCAACUCAACCAACACAAACACCUCGACUGAAACGUCAGCGUGACAUUUCCGGUGAGUCCAACCUCCGUUAUCCUUUAGCCCUCAAAAUCCAUUUAUGA